UAUAUUCGCCAAUCACAGAAUUUCAAAACAAAACGUGAUUCACUAGAUACAAAACCAAUAAAACCGGUUUUUCAAUUUAUUGAGAAAUCUUCAAACAUUUUUCAUUAUUAAUUAAUAUGUUUACUUUUUUUAUGAAUAACAUUACUACAUCGCAUCGAUUUUUUCAUAUAUACUUACUGAGUUUUUAAUUGCUAACUAUAAAAUAAUACUCAUUUUACACAAGACAUUAAGCAUUCUUUCGUUUUUGAUAUUUAUAGAAAAGGCAACAAUUUUUUAAUGAAAAGAAUUUUAUUUUCGAGGCUCUUGAAUCACUAAGAUAUUUUAAUAAUCACUUUAUUGAACAAGGUUGAAAAAUCUGGUGCAUCCGAGUGCAUAAAAAUAAAGCUCAUGUCAUUACAGCUUUAUGAAAUAUGAGUUUGAGUAAAAAAAUUAAAUUACGGCCUAUGUCUAAGGGAACAAGAGCUUAUUUGCUUAAAUAUACAUCGAGUCUCGCCCUUUUGCUAUGGACUUCGUGGAUUUAACUGCAUGCAAAACUAGCCCACAAAAAUCGAGGCUAAUCAUGCCGAUUACCUAAGAUUAUAACCGUUGUUCAUGCGAUUUUCGUAUACCAUGCUGGUAAAACCGAUCCAACGUGGAAUAUUUUGGGAUUUGAAAAAAUUUUUUUUGGGAGAAAUCUGAUCAAUUAAAAUUUUUUUACUACAGAGACAUUAAUGAAAUUAAAAAAAUACCGGGAUUACCAAAACUACGAUUAAAAGUAUUAUCAUUGAUCAAAGUUAAAUCUAUUCUAUGGUACCACAAGCAAGUUUGUUUACUUUUCUGACGUAUACGUUGAUACACAUAUACAAUGUAGAUUGGCCGGUCGUUUUACGACGGAAAUUCCGAGAUCUUUAUGUAAAAUUCAUUUCAUAUUGAAACGUUUUCAUAAGAGUGGGAGUAGUCGACGGUUCAAAGAGAUAAAUUUAUAAAUACACGACGAUUAGCUCAGUCAAGUUCGAUUCGCUGGCUUGGAUCAAUCGAUACUCGACAUGAUAUCUCAAAAAGUGUGUUUUGUUUUCUGUGCAUUAUCCAUGCUAUUGAGUGCAACUGACGCAGUUGAAACUGAUGUAGAUGUUGAGAAACUGCGAUUUUUUCAAGAAGAAUCUAGAUACUUUAUGAGAGAAACAUGUAAACUUCCUAAACAUGUUAUUUGCCAAGGAGGACUUGGGACUCCAGAUCCAUUAUACUGUCGUUGCGACAUGGAAGCAGCUAAACCAGCCGAUGAUGAAAUAGGGCUGAACAACAAGAAACUUCGUUUGUUUCAAAUGAAAUCCAGAGACUUGUUAACACAACACUGCCCCAAACCUUACACAGUAUCUUGUUCAGGAGGAGUUGGUUCUUCGGAUCCUUUCUUUUGCGAUUGCAACUUCCCACUACGACAAAGCGAGGACUUCAGAAAAAAACAGAUAGAAAUUCUUGAGCACAUAGAGAGAGGAGAUCAUAUUUGUUUUCCCGUUAUGCCUCUUUGCUCAGGAGGAACGGGAACCCCGUAUCUCAGGCAUUGUAAAUGCAACAAAGCUGUGUACAAAGGGAGUCCUAGUAAGGCUAUCCCAUUCGUAGCGUAAUAUUUUAUUAUUAAUUAAGUUUUGAGUGACCUAAACGAGAGAUACUUAAGAAUCUCUCUUGAUAAGAUCUAAAAAGAAUAAAUGUAUUGAUUGAAUCACAAUUUCAAUCGAUCUUUAAUGGUCAGUUUGAGCAAAAUAGACAUUUAGAGAAAAAAAUUGUGUUCUCUUAUGUUUAAUAAUAGUUUUAGAAUAGUUUGUACAUUUAUAAGUAAAAAAAGUGUGUGAAAUUGGUAGAAGAAAUAUUUACUUGGCUAAAGAUAAGCUAUUUUAUUCAUAUGAAAUUGUUUAAUACACUAACCACGUCGUUCUAAUAGCUACAGUUAGAUUCUUGUCAAAAAUUGAACUGUCAUUUGAAAGAUACUGACUGUUGAUAGGUUGUUAAAUUUUGCAAUAAGAUGUUGAGUUUGAGUUUUAAAUUUUUAAUACUUUAAAGUAAUGAGAAAAAUGAAAGAAAUGUAUCAAAGUCGAUUAAUUCUUAUUUUAAGUUUUGUUUUUAAACCUCUACGAAUCUUGAAAAAUACUUACAAAUAGUGUAUGUACUGAUUCAACAGAAGUAGGCAUGUUACAUACAUCCAAUAGUCAUAUAUGCAACUUGACGGCGCCUAUACCGAAGCUCGAAAACGUGCGCAUUUCCGGUUAUAAGAGACAUCGAUGCUUCAUUGCUAUAGAGACAAACGGCCUGAUGCGCCCUUUGUGGAUCUAUAUUAUAUGAGCGUACAUGCCACGUACUUCUGUUAUCGAGUGGGCGGCGCGACAAUGCUAAAAUGGUGGGCAGUGCAGCCAAUUGUAUAUUUUGAUCUGUGGAAGCAUCGUGAAAAUUCAAUGAAUAUUUAUCAUGAUCGAUUGAAAAAUUCGACGACAAUGUGCAGGGACAACCAACGUGUGAGCCCACUCGAUAGUUCUACAUUUUGUACUUUAGACAAAUAAAAAAUGCAGUGUUUUUUUA